AUGGCCAACUAUCUCAUUGCCAUCUCAGGCCACGAGGGUACCAAUUGGCAGAUCAAGGGUACAGCACUUGCUUGCUACAGUCUAGCAACCUUGACACUGGUGUUCAACACCAAGUACGCCUACUGGUUCUCAAACGGUGUUGGCGUAGUCAAGAUCUGCACGCUGGUUUUCGUGAUUAUUACCGGCUUCGUCGUUCUUGGCGGUGGCACUAAGGUUGAGAACCCCACGGCCAACUUUCAAGAUGCGUGGUCUGGUAGCUCGAAAGCCAGUGCAUACGGCAUGACAACUGCGUUGUACCGCAUCAUCUUUUCAUACGGAGGAUACAACAAUGCCUUCAACGUUGCCAACGAAGUCAAGAACCCCGUCAGAUCACUGAAGAUAUACGCAACAGCAGCUUUGACAACUGUGUACAUUCUAUACAUGUUCGCAAAUGUGGCUUUCUUCGCUGCUGGCAAGUAUACCCUAAUCUAG